AUCACCCAAAGCUAUCCCAGAAGUUGAUUCGUGAAGGUUAUAAAUAUGUUGAUAGACUUUCGGAUUAUUUAGAAGAUAUUGGGACUAUGUAUAUCAGAGAAUUCAAAUUAGAUCCCCUAGCUGACUUCUACUAUUCAGCCUUAAUUCUGCCUUUAUCUGUCUUAGCAAUUAGAGCAGAUAUUCGUAAAAAAUUUAUUAUUAGUGUGGAGUCUGCUAUUAUGGGAGGAAUGAGUCUAUUUACUCUAGAAAAAAAUAAACGAUCUUUGCUCCAGAAUCUAAUCCAAAUAAACUAUUCCAUUGAUAACUUGACUAUGUUAAUAGGAAUAACUUGGAAGCAAGAAGAGAUGAAAACUUGGAGGAAUGAUGUGCUUAUGAAACUCUUCUAUUAUUCAAAUUUAGCUUCUUCGAAGCAUAGACCGGGUGCAUUAUAUGAUGCAUUUACCAAGACUAGUGUUUUAGAGCCAAAACAUAUAUUGGCUCUAGCAUGA